CAUAAAUAGCAACCGAGCCAGUUGUUUUGGAGAAGAAGAAAAGAGCUCGGUGCGGAAGAAGCCCCGGAUUUGCCUGAGAACAGUGCCCCUUUCUGCUUCUGGUUUUGUGUCUUAUAUCAUAACAUAUUUGGAAAAUGUCCACCCCAGCGAGGAGGAGGCUUAUGAGAGAUUUUAAAAGACUUCAAGAAGACCCCCCAACUGGUGUGAGUGGAGCCCCGUCAGAGAACAACAUCAUGCUUUGGAAUGCUGUCAUUUUUGGACCCGUCGGAACACCAUUUGAAGAUGGAACAUUUAAGCUUCUGAUAGAGUUUUCUGAGGAGUAUCCCAACAAGCCUCCAACAGUCCGCUUCGUCUCCAGAAUGUUUCACCCCAACGUUUAUGCAGAUGGAAGUAUAUGUUUAGACAUUCUUCAGAAUCGCUGGAGCCCAACAUACGACGUCUCGUCCAUACUCACCUCCAUCCAGUCUUUGCUUGACGAGCCCAACCCCAACAGCCCGGCCAACAGUCAGGCCGCGCAGCUCUAUCAGGAAAACAAGCGCGAGUACGAGAAGAGGGUGACGGCCAUCGUGGAGCAGAGCUGGGUGGACGUCUGAGCCCCUGUCCAGCCGCCUGCCAUCACGUCAUCCCACCACUUUCAUUUUUACCUCAUCAUGAAAACAGCAAGUAUAUCAGACAAAGUGCCACCCGACAACUAAACCAAUAUCCAGAUGAACCACAGAGGACAUGGACUCACUUGCCGAUAGAUGGGGAGGGAAAGAGGAGGGGGGAUGUAUCUGCUGUUUCUGUCUGUCCUUUUUUUUUUAUUUUAUUUUUUUAUGCAUGGUGCGUAAUAAGUUAUUGCUAAUAGAAUUUGUAAUAUAUCUUGUUAGUUCGACGCUCCUUUUUUGUGUUUUUACUGUCUCUCUUUUACUCCUUCCCUCUUUAUUUUAAUGUCUGCUGGAUGUUGAUGACCAAAUCUGAGGAGCCGGCGUGUUCGCGGAACAAUCGCCGCUCUGUUCCAACCUGUUAUUCUGAGAGACGCUGUAAUUUUAGUCACACGCGUCACGGCCAAGUCUCCCCUGCGACGCCGAUGAUUCACAGCUCCCCGGCCAACUCGCUUCUUUACUUUCAUCAUGCGGUGAUAUGAGACGGCGAACUGUGGGCGGGGGGUGACGGCGUGCAAUUGCAAACAACCUAGGAAAGUUGAGAUGAGGAACCUUGUCGUCCAGCGGACGUACUCCGGCAAACGUUUAGGCUGGAAAAGGAGACACGUGAUCGGAGACUCACAUUUGAGCUUGUUUACUUCUUGCAAACAAACAAAGAUGGUGUGAGGCGUCUGUCACGUUUUCCUCUCAAGAUCUCUGGCAGCUGACACGCAGAGGAAAGCUGCAGUCCGAGCUGAAGCCCAUCUGGAGGUGACGGCAGUUUCCAUAGGAACACAGUCGAUUGAAAUCCUCAUAUCAGCCGUCUCUUUUUUUAUUUUCAAUAUCUGCUUUUUGUUUAUUCCAUGUCCGCGUGACGCCUGGAUGAAUAUCAGUCAGAUGCUCUCCACUGAAAUGGUAACCAUGUACAUUGUGGCAAGUGAUUUACUUCACCCCGAAAAAGCAGAAGGGAUAAGAAAUUUUGUGAAUUAAAAAAAAGUGUAUAGUUAUAACAAAAUGCUGUAUAAACAUAAUAAAACACAUUUUUCAGA